UCACAGAAAUUUUGCUACCUUUGAGCAGAUUCUCUCUCUUCUUCUUCUUCUUCUUCUUUUUCAGCUUUUUCUUAUUUUUUCCGAUGACAAAUUCGCAGGCAUGGGUGCUUCUCUCCCUUUGCCCUAUAAAUUGCAAGUUUUGUGCCCUAAUUGAUUUUUUUUUCUUGCCAAAUGCCUUAUUUUUUCUUGUUAGAAGAAGAUUCCCAAUUUUGUGCUCUAUUUUGUGAAACGUAUGUCUAUUUCUUGAGAGACAUAUAUGAAAAUUGGAAUGAGAGACUAAUUAGUUGCAUGUCUUAAUUUCAUUGAUUUGGGUUUUGAAUUUUUUGCACUGUUUGCUGUGUUUUUAUAGUGUGGAUUCUUUAUGUUUGAUGUUUUGCAUGUGUGAGAAUAUUUGUUGAUGGAAUUUAUCUUGAUAUGUACUUUGGUUUUUUAAUUAGUGUUUUGAAUAUGGAUCACCCUUGUAAAUCUUGAUUUGGGCAUAAUUCUAAUUUAAUUUGGAGUUGGUAAUCAAAUUUUGGUUUGGCAUACAAUUGCCCUUGUAUAUGUUUUUGGAUUUUUGUUUAUAGAUCAGCAACCUUGAUCAUGAAAUUUAUGUUCAUGUGGAUCGGAGUUUUGGUUAUGAUUUUAAUUAUUGUUCAAUCUACAGUUAAUAUCUCCAGAUGUGGCUACGUUUCAGAUGUAGAAGCCCCCCCUUUUUUUUUUCUUUCUUUUCUUUCUUUUUCCCUUUUUUCUCUAGAUUUUUUUUUUUUUUUAAUGAUACCCAAACACAUUAAUUUUUAUAAUCGUGAUAAUCCCUUGUUUAUUCCAAAUCAAUGUUGUCAACAUUCCUAAAAUGUUUGUCAAACCCAUAGUUUAAUGACAGAUCUAGUAAUUUUAUGAGCACACUUUUUUUUUUUACUACUUUGUAAUGAGUUCAGUCUCCAAUCCAAGUCUACAAUCGAUGUUGCGUUCGUUAGUAGAAGAUUGAAUGUUGAUGGCAAAGUCAUCAAAGCUCGGAUUUCGGACACUGCUGCUAGCCAAGAAAGGAAGCAAACGAUGUUGUCAAAGCUCUGAAGAAAAGGUUGCAGCAUAAGAACCCUAAAGUUCACCUACUUGCCUUGAUGAUUGACUAGGAGAUUCUUCUAGAAGUUGUUGAGUUGUUGAGAUGGGAUUUGACAGUUAUGCCCUUGUUGAUUCUCUACGCAACCGAAUACAAAAUGAGGUUGAACCCACUCGUAAUUUCUUUGCUGCUCUUUUUCUUGCUAGCAUUGGGAUGCUGAUACGUGUUCACUUCCUCCGGAACCACGUGGAUACCUUACUAGCAUCAGUUUUAUUAGUGAUCAUUGUGAAAACAAUUGUUAUUAGCAUAGUUGUCAAGGGGUUCGGCUACAACUACAAGACUUCACUUCUUGUUGGAAUGUCUUUGGCACAGAUUGGGGAAUUUGCUUUUGUUCUUCUCAGCCGUGCUUCUAAUCUUCAUCUAGUUGAGCCAUUACUUGAGAAGAAUCCAUCCAUUGCUCAAGCCACAGAUGGUUAGAAAUUUCUUGGAGAGAUGCAAAAUAUGGUCAAAGAAUUCAAGGAUUUAGUUUUUUAAGUUUUUUCAUUUUUAAUAUAUGUAAGCAUAGUUUAAAACUUUUUAUUUAAUUUCUUUGCAUAUACUUUUGAACAUAUAUAACUUUCUUUUAUGAAAUAUAUGACGUUAUUCCAUUGAA